AUGGCCGCGGCCGUUGCCGCGCGACGUAAACACGGGACGCCGGACGUGGUGACGUCACCGGCGGGGAACGCCGAACGUGACUGGAGCUCCCGGGACCCCGGGAACGGGGCUGAGACCACCGAGAACCGACCAGGACCCCCGGAAACGGGACAGGGACCCCCGAGAGUUCAGCGGGACCCCCGGAAACGGGGCUGGGACCUCCGGGAUACCGGGAACGGGGUUGAGAUCACCGAGACCCCACCGGGAUCCCGGGAAUCCCGAGACCCCCGGUACCCCGGUAACGGGACCCCCACGACCCCCGGUACCCCGGUAACGGGACCCCGGUCCUGCCGGGCCCGGGAGCAGCGGGAGCAGCGGGAGCCGCCGGCGGGGGCGGGGCCGGGGCGGGUGAAUGAACGCGCCGGUGCCGCCGGUGACAUCAGAGCCCGGGGCCGCAACGGGACCGGGACCCGAACCGGGAGACACCGGGACCCGAACCGGGAUCCCCCGAACCGGGACCCCCAGACCGGGACCCCCGGGAUCCGAACCGAGACCCGCCAGGAGCCACCGGACACCCGAACCGGGACCCCCAAACCGGAACCCCCAAACCGGGACCCCCAAACCGGGACCCACCGGAACCCGAACCGGGACCCCCAAACUAGGACCCUCCGGGACGCACCGGACCCCCGAACCGGGACCCCGAACCGGGACCCUCCGGGACCCUCGGGAACCCCGAACCGGGACGCCCGAACCGGGACCUCCAAAGCGGGACCCGCCGGGAGACACCAGAACCCCCCGAACCGGGACCCCCGGAUCCCCGAAGCUCCCGGUACCCCCGAACCGGGACCCGCCGGGACCCUCGGGAACCCGAACCGGGACCCCCGAAACCCAGAACCGGGACCCUCCAGAACUCCAAACCGGGACCCCCGAACCGGGACCCCCGGAACCCCGAACCAGGACCCUCCGGGAUCCCCGAACCGGGACCAGCCGGGAGCCACCGGAAACCCGAACCGGGACCCCAAACCGGGAUCUCCGGGGGGUCCCGAGGGGUUACCGGGAGAGGUCCCGGUGGAACUCCGCCGGGGCGGGGCCGGGGGAUCCCCCCCGCUCCCGGCCCUCCGCGGGGCCUCUUAA